ACUGAAAACCCACAGGACGGUAGAUCUUCAGGAAGAGGGUUGGGCAGCCCUGGUCUAGUACCUAUAGGUGGUCCUGUAGGAUACUACUGCUCCUCACAGGGAGGACUAGGACCUAUAGGUGGUCCUGUAGGACACUACUGCUCCUCACAGGGAGGACUAGGACCCAUGUGGUCCUGUAGAACACUACUGCUCCUCACAGGGAGGACUAGGACCUAUAGGACACUACUGCUCCUCACAGGGAGGACUAGGACCUAUAGGACACUACUGCUCCUCACAGAGAGGACUAGGACCUAUAGGACACUACUGCUCCUCACAGGGAGGACUAGGACCUAUAGGACACUACUGCUCCUCACAGAGAGGACUAGGACCUAUAGGACACUACUGCUCCUCACAGAGAGGACUAGGACCUAUAGGACACUACUGCUCCUCACAGAGAGGACUAGGACCUAUAGGACACUACUGCUCCUCACAGGGAGGACUAGGACCUAUAGGACACUACUGCUCCUCACAGAGAGGACUAGGACCUAUAGGACACUACUGCUCCUCACAGAGAGGACUAGGACCUAUAGGACACUACUGCUCCUCACAGAGAGGACUAGGACCUAUAGGACACUACUGCUCCUCACAGAGAGGACUAGGACCUAUAGGACACUACUGCUCCUCACAGAGAGGACUAGGACCUAUAGGACACUACUGCUCCUCACAGGGAGGACUAGGACCUAUAGGACACUACUGCUCCUCACAGGGAGGACUAGGACCUAUAGGACACUACUGCUCCUCACAGAGAGGACUAGGACCUAUAGGACACUACUGCUCCUCACAGAGAGGACUAGGACCUAUAGGACACUACUGCUCCUCACAGAGAGGACUAGGACCUAUAGGACACUACUGCUCCUCACAGAGAGGACUAGGACCUAUAGGACACUACUGCUCCUCACAGAGAGGACUAGGACCUAUAGGACACUACUGCUCCUCACAGAGAGGACUAGGACCUAUAGGACACUACUGCUCCUCACAGAGAGGACUAGGACCUAUAGGACACUACUGCUCCUCACAGAGAGGACUAGGACCUAUAGGACACUACUGCUCCUCACAGAGAGGACUAGGACCUAUAGGACACUACUGCUCCUCACAGAGAGGACUAGGACCUAUAGGACACUACUGCUCCUCACAGAGAGGACUAGGACCUAUAGGACACUACUGCUCCUCACAGAGAGGACUAGGACCUAUAGGACACUACUGCUCCUCACAGAGAGGACUAGGACCUAUAGGACACUACUGCUCCUCACAGAGAGGACUAGGACCUAUAGGACACUACUGCUCCUCACAGGGAGGACUAGGACCUAUAGGACACUACUGCUCCUCACAGAGAGGACUAGGACCUAUAGGACACUACUGCUCCUCACAGAGAGGACUAGGACCUAUAGGACACUACUGCUCCUCACAGAGAGGACUAGGACCUAUAGGACACUACUGCUCCUCACAGAGAGGACUAGGACCUAUAGGACACUACUGCUCCUCACAGAGAGGACUAGGACCUAUAGGACACUACUGCUCCUCACAGAGAGGACUAGGACCUAUAGGACACUACUGCUCCUCACAGGGAGGACUAGGACCUAUAGGACACUACUGCUCCUCACAGAGAGGACUAGGACCUAUAGGACACUACUGCUCCUCACAGAGAGGACUAGGACCUAUAGGACACUACUGCUCCUCACAGGGAGGACUAGGACCUAUAGGACACUACUGCUCCUCACAGAGAGGACUAGGACCUAUAGGACACUACUGCUCCUCACAGAGAAGACUAGGACCUAUAGGACACUACUGCUCCUCACAGAGAGGACUAGGACCUAUAGGACACUACUGCUCCUCACAGAGAGGACUAGGACCUAUAGGACACUACUGCUCCUCACAGAGAGGACUAGGACCUAUAGGACACUACUGCUCCUCACAGGGAGGACUAGGACCUAUAGGACACUACUGCUCCUCACAGGGAGGACUAGGACCUAUAGGACACUACUGCUCCUCACAGAGAGGACUAGGACCUAUAGGACACUACUGCUCCUCUGAUUUGGAUGGAAUUGAGACACUGAUCUCUUACACUCAAUUUCUUUCUUUCUCGCUCUCUCAUUUUUGUUCUUUGUUUGUCGCUCCCUCUUUUCCCCUCUCUGUCCCCCCUCG